CUUAGACUGCGAAGACGUAUUUUGUCGUGGUGACAGCUGUCUGUUGUGGCACACAUAUGGAGAACUGGAUCGUUUACGACGGCGACGUUACCAUUGAUGACUUUGUUGACAAAAACAAGCCUACUAAAAUUAAUUUCAUUAACAUGGGAGUCUUUGCAGGCGAUCCAAAAGAGCGUCCAAGAGAGUUCCAAUACCCACACGCCAUAGCCGAACCUCAAAAGACAACGCUUCUGCAAGAGUGGGAACAAAGGAUAAAAAAGCCUUGGCGAAUUACCCGUUAUUACGUUCAGAAACUUGCAAAGAAAUAUGCUUACAUGUCUGGAAAGUGGAUAAUUUAUUGUCCAAGGUAAGAAGGACAACAGUUAAUAUUUAAGUUUACUUUGAGAAAUAUAGAAUCAGGGGCAGCUGCGCUCAAUGACUGCUUCGUUCUGUAAAAUAUCGGUUCGUAGAAGCAGAUAUUGCCUAGAAUUUGUAUUACUUGAGGAUGGCUAAAAAGUUCUAAAUGACCCGUUCCAUUCAUGUAAAACUUUCGAAUUUUAUCUAAUAAAUGCAAUACAAUUUUCUUAAGAUAAUUUUUUUCAUAUUUCACUCCCCAUGCAUGUUAGACAUGGUUAGACUAUUUUUCGUAAAAAAGGCAACCUAAAGUUUUCGGAUUCGAAAAUGUGAUGAAGAGAGGAAUUAGAAAAAUUCUCUCUUUCGUAAUACGUUUCAUUGUAUUUAAAAUUUUCGGGACAAUAAAACUGAGGCCCUUGUAAUUUCAAGAAUUUGAUACAUUAUUAUAUUCAGCUUCACAAAAUCUUUCUUAGCCGUCAUCUUUAUCAUAUGUGAUUUCUAUUUCAUAAGCACUCUGUUUUGGUCUGGUUUAAUUUAUUUAGUUUGAUUUAAGUUUAUUAAAAGCGCGGAAUCAGACUGAUUUAUCAGCGAAUAGCACCUGCCACGGUGGGGAGAUCGGUGGUAAAAUAAUACAUACGGUAAGUCAAAAAUUGAAAAAUACGUCGAAUGCCAUGAGAAAUAUAAGUUCAUGAACGAAAUGAUAUGAAGGAAAUGUUGUGACAUAAAAAUCAAUGGGAAAUGAGUCCACAAAAAAAGAAAAAUUGAGUCAAUCCACAGGCAGCCCAGUUAAUACCUGUAAGAGCUGCACAUCCUUUUUGGAAUUACAGAUAAUUCACCUCAAAGGUGUCAAAUGCGCUUUACAUUCGACAGGAUCAACAAAAGAGGUUUGGAGCUGGAGAGUAGAUUAUAUUCACCUGAAAAGGAGUCAACAAAUAUGCAAUAGUUCCAAAUGGAUAUUCCUUUACCAUUACAUGUCAUUGUUCAUAGAUGGUUUUCCUGGUUAAUUUUCAACUGGAAUUUCCUCUGUUUUCUACCAAAUUUGAUACGCUCAUCUUAUGGGCUGGUACAGCCAAAGCUUGUAUAAAUGGAUCAGAUUCAGUGGAGCCAAAAAAUCGAAAUAUUGCAAAACAAUUAGCUCCUUACCUUUUACUAAAUGUUUCCUUGCUGUUCCAGGUUGGUUAAAAAAGGCGUUUUGUCGAGUUUUGCACUCAGAGGAUUAUUUAGUGUACACUACCUACAAGUGCAAAACUCAACAAAAUGACCAAGAAUUUGCAUUUUUCACAUUUCAGGGUUCUUGUCAUAUUUUCUACUCCGAGGUAUGCUCAGAGAAUUAUUUGCAAGGGUUUUUCUCUCCUGUUUAUGUGAGGUCUACGACAGCAUUUUGAUCUUGAUGUGCAGGUCCUGCUCACAAAAUCGAAAGUGCUCUUUACUUGUUAAGGAGCCAAAACGGAUGACAAUGGCGCUGAACUAAGCACCCUCUUUAAGUCUUCUAUGAGUCUAGCAAGGGAGAAAAAAAUAUCUGUUGUAAAGGGUGGAAACUUUGUCUUAAUGGAACAAAGCCAUCAACUGACAAGACAACUGGUCAGCAUUCUCUUGUUUUCAAGUCAUGUUUUUUUUCUUUCAUCUCAACCCUUUUUUUCGUUGAUUCAAAUCUGCUUAGAAUUAUUUUGUUCAUGAACAAUAUAUAUUUCAAAUCUUAACUUUUAUUUUUCAUUGCAUUAUUUUGAUGUAUUUUUGGUUAAUGUAACUGCAGAAUACCUGGCCACUUAAUAUACAUCUGUAAAAGUGGUUCCUACGUUCAUAAAAAAUAUUAACAUAACAAAUGCAAAGACAAGUCAAAAAGUGUAUGUAUCAUUCUUUGUUUAGCCUGCGUUGCAGCCGGCCCACGCACUCGUCAAAACCAUUUGUAUAGUCUGUCUGUGAAUUAGUGCACAAAAGCUCGUUCUAAUAUCCUGCAGAGUCACAAGGACAUAUAAGUGAGCGUUUCUGAUAGGCGGGUUUCUCACGGGUUUCUUAUGCACCUCACGAUUGGCCUAAUGGGCCGGAUGGGCGCAGUGACAUGUCAAAAUUGACAGAAGGGAGUUGGCAAGGAUCGCUUACAGUAAACAAUGUAACAGCAGUUCGAACUUUUAAGUCUUUUUCUGAAAAAAAAAAGGCUUUGAGAGAAUUCCUUCAAAGACAGAAUUUGCUUGUAAAUUUGUCGACUGGUUUUCCAGUGUCUUCCAAUCGCUACAGAUGCACUGCCACGUAUUCUGCAAUCUAGCCUACAGUUCUAGCGUCAAAACAAAUCAGGAAAUCAUGAUGUUCACGGCCAAAAAAAAACUACACACAUGUAGCUAUUCAGGUCCAGGCUUUUCGGAGAAAACCAAAGAAACUGAGGUUAUUUAGCCGCAAUAAAAAAGCUUGAGGCUUAAACAAAGGUAAAAGAAAAUCAGUUAAUGGUAAAACUGCUGCUGUGAUUAAAUCCUGUAAAAAAGCAUUUGCCGAAACAUAAACAACAGGAACUAAUUAUUCAAUAUGCAUGGAACAGACCAGCUUCAUAACCUCUAAAUGUGAGACUCAAAGAGGCAAAAAAAAUUUGCUCAGUCAAACAUACUCCGUGCACUGCAUAAACUACGCAAAAAGAGAGCAAGAAAAACCUCUGUUGUUCAAGCUGACUCUUAGGUCACGUCUCACACUAUCACGAGCUCAAUCUCUCUUGUCACGAGCUUUUAGUUGUGUUUGGCUUUUCAACACUUAAUUCAAAUCGGACUAAUCACAAACUGCGUAACAAACUAGCCAACCAAAAACGCCGACAUAUGUCCUUGCGACUCUGCGGGAUUCGAACACGAUAUUGUGCACUAAUUCGCAGACGCUCUAUACAGAAGGUUUAGAGCGUCUGCGACGCAGGCAAUCUUUGUUAGGCCUUCAAAAUUACUGUCAUAUGUUAUGUUUUCAACAUGUUUUUAUAUAACCACUGCUUUAUUUUUGUCAGCAAUGUAACGCCAGGGAUGGGGAGUGGUAAGACGCGUCCACAUUUUCAGGCUGUACCAUAAAAUGAGAACAUGUGUUAGCAUAUUCACAAGAAAUGAAGGGGUACCAAAAGACAAAAGUGUGGGAAAACCAGAGAACCCAGCUGGAAGUAUAGCUUAAGUUACAUGCAAUUAAUUACCAAAAUGUUUUGGCAAAUUUUGUUCUUUUCAAGAUCUAAGAUUGAUGAAACCUGGACAGCUAUUGCCAAAGCUGUGGUCGGUGGAACAUCAGGCACUGCCGCUAAUAUGUUUGAAAGUGACAGUGGUGAGCAAGAGAGUUACUAUGUCAUCUGUGUGUACACUGAAGACUUCACUAAUGAGGAGGAAGUGUGGGCUGCUGAACAAAGUCUCAGGAAGCUUGGAAUAACUGAAAUUUUGUACUACAAACCAAAUAUCUACACAACAGUGGGAAUUUAUAGGGGAAAUGAGUGGGGAAUCAGGCCCACGAUCUAUCAGUCAAGAGCAUGCAAGUGAAUGAAUUACUCCUAUAGGGCACUUAUUUCUAUUAGUCAGAAUGGGAUAGCUAGACUAUCAAGAAGAGAAUUCCAUCAAUAAUUAAGACUUUCACUCAGAUCAGUGUAUUCCUGAAUUGUUUAGUGCAUUGCAGCGGUGACUUGUUUUGUGAAAACUGACCUGGUGCUCCAGCCAGUCCUGACUUUUCAUUAGAGCCCUCAGGGUUUUAAUAUCUGUGACUCCUGAAAUAAAGUGUUUAGUUUAUCACUAGGGUCAUAUUUGUCAGCACAAACAUUAUUUUCACUUAUAAAAAAAAUAGAACAAAUAUCUACCUUGGCAUGGAGUAAGAGCAAAAUAAUAACUUUUAGUAUAUACUAAAACAGUGGAUAGUGUUUUUCGCAUGCUCUUAUUGGCUCCUCAAUCAGUGAAUAUCCUCCCGCUGAAAACUUUUUUCGUUUACAAAUGCAAAUUAAGCUCAAGUCUUGCGUUACUUUAUUUAGUUGACUUGUUCAUAAAUAAGCUUAAAACUAAAUUUAAUAAUCUUUUUUACAGAACGAUUUUGAAUACACAGGAUUCACAAUUCCUUUUGAAGAAAUUUCCCCGCAAGAGCUAAACAAAUGCCUUAAAAAGUUUUAUUUGUCUGCAAGAAAAAGCGACGACCACGGCUGUUCGGUCAUU